CGCGCCUGUACGUCGGCGCGUCACCGCCGAGUGCGUGUGAGGUCAUCGCGCGGGCGGCGGGCGGGGUCCUACGGUUUGAACGGGAAGAAGACGGAACCGGAGCUGGGCGCGCGGGCAGCGGCAACGGACGCGGUUCCACCGAGAGCCGAAGAUGGCAGUGAACGUGUACUCCACGUCAGUCACCAGUGAUAACCUAAGUCGACAUGACAUGCUGGCCUGGAUCAAUGAGUCUCUGCAGUUGAAUCUGACAAAGAUAGAACAGUUAUGUUCAGGGGCUGCAUACUGUCAGUUUAUGGACAUGCUAUUCCCUGGUUCCAUUGCCUUGAAGAAAGUGAAAUUCCAAGCUAAGCUAGAACAUGAAUAUAUCCAGAACUUCAAAAUACUCCAAGCAGGUUUCAAGAGGAUGGGUGUUGACAAAAUAAUUCCUGUGGAUAAAUUAGUAAAAGGAAAAUUUCAGGACAAUUUUGAAUUUGUUCAGUGGUUUAAGAAGUUUUUUGAUGCAAAUUAUGAUGGAAAAGAGUAUGACCCUGUAGCUGCCAGACAAGGCCAGGAAACUGCAGUGGCUCCUUCCCUUGUGGCUCCAGCUCUGAAUAAACCGAAGAAACCUCUCAGCUCUGGCAGUGCAACUCCACAGAGACCCAUUGCAACACAGAGAACUACUGCAGCGUCUAAGGCUGGUCCAGGGAUGGUGCGAAAGAAUCCUGGUGUGGGCAACGGGGAUGAUGAAGCUGCCGAGCUGAUGCAGCAAGUCAAAGUAUUGAAGCUUACUGUUGAGGACUUGGAGAAAGAGAGAGAUUUCUACUUUGGAAAGCUAAGGAACAUUGAAUUGAUUUGCCAGGAGAAUGAGGGGGAGAAUGACCCUGUAUUGCAGAGGAUUGUAGAUAUCCUUUAUGCCACAGACGAAGGCUUUGUGAUACCUGAUGAAGGGGUCCCACAGGAAGAACAAGAAGAGUAUUAAACAGCCUGGACCAGCAGAGCAACAUCCGAAUUCUUCACUCCAAAUCAUGUGCUUAACUGUUAAAUACUCCCUUUUAUUAUUCUUAGAGGAUUCACUGGUUUCUUUUCAUAAACAAAAAGUACCUCUUCUUAAAAGUGCACUUUGCAGAAGUUUCACUCCUUUUCCAAUGAGUUUGAGUUAGGAGCUGUUACCUUGUAGCAGAGCAGUAUUAACAUCUAGUUGUUUCACCAGGGGGGAACAAAGAGGCUGACCACGGGGCUCUCCAUGUGGAUGCUGGUCACACUGACUGAUGGAGAAGGUGUUUUUUUUUUUUUGUUUUUGUUUUUGUAAUACAUUGAGGUGGUAACCUCAGAGAAGUGUAAAGACUUAAUUGAAAUUUAAGCUAAUGUGAAAUCUUGGCAGAGAACGUUUUAAUAAAUAAAUGCCUUAAAAGUAUUUAAAAUAUGCUUCCAUAUUUCAAAAUAUAAAAUGUAAUGUGACAAAUUUUAUGUGUCUGACAUUGUGUCUGGGAAGGGCCAGACUUUAGACCCUUUGGAAUCUGCUGUCAUAGGCCUCACGGGGCUACUUGAAUCUAUACAUGCGUGGUCCUCAGCCCAGAAGGAAAGUUUAAGAAGUUGCUGUGUAAAGCUAUUUGGUGUCAUUGACCAGUUGCAUCCCUGCUAUAUCCAUGCUAUAAAACAAAUGGCAUUGGUUGCCUGGUGGACAGAGGGUAGUUCCCUGAGAUGUUUGAAAUGAAGAGCUCACUUCUCAGUGAGCUUUCCUCAUGACUUUUCAAACUAUCCCCCAAAUUCCUAUGUAUUGUUUCUUGGGACUUGCCCACAUCGCUGGGAUUUGCAUGGGCAUUGUGUCCUAUUUUACUGUCUUUUAAGUUUACAUUUAACAUGUUUCUCUUCUCUGCUCCCUUUGACCUCUGGGGACUCCUGGCUGCUUAAGUUUGCUGCUGAGUGUUUUUAAGUACAGCAGACAGGUGAUCAUGCUGCAAGUUCUUGGUGGACCUCUGGCAAAGGGAGUGAUCAGUGAUGAAGGCCCUCAACACCUUGGGAUCUCCAAGGCUGAGGUGUUUUUGGUAUCUGCUGUUCACAGCUCUCCAUCGUUAUCCAGCUACUUUGCCAGUGCACUAAUCUCUUUGGAGAUAAAAUUCACUAGUGUGUUACUAAAUGUUAAUUUUUUUUUUUUUUUUGCAGGAUAUCCAGUACCAUGACUGAAUUAAUUGUUAAUAUUUAAAAUAAUUCCUUAGCUCUCCCUCAUUUGCUUUGCCUACAGCCUGUUAGUUCCUUUGUUUGGCAGAAUUCUGCCAAAUGUAUGUUAUCCACUACUGAGAUUGUUCAGCCCCUGACAUGUCUGUAUUGAUUUGUUUCUGGUGGUAGCUUGUCCUAUGAUGUGUAUAGAAAACAGGUAUUUUAUGACAGAUUGUUGUGUAGUGCAUGCUCUGUGUGGAAUUCAGAGGAAAACCCAGAUUCAGUGAUUAACAAUACCAAAAAACAAAACAAAACAAAACAAAAAACCCACACAAAAAAAUGCAAGUAACUAGCCAUUGUUCAGACAGCAGUGGUGCUGUUUCUCCUUUGUGGCCUUUUAGACUUUUGUUGACCCCAAAUUCCAUUUUAUUGGGAACUCAUUUUCCACCUGGUCUUUCUUGACAGGGUUUUUUUCUACUUUAAACAGUUUCUAAAUAAAAUUCUGUAUUUCAAGAG